UUCCUGUCAAGUAUUCAGUACACACAGUCAGGCAGUCGUCCUCUUAAACACAACAGCAGUGAUGGCAUCAACAAGUAAAGUGAGGAUUGUGCUGGUGGGUAAAACUGGAUCAGGAAAGAGUGCAUCAGGAAACAAGAUACUGGGUAGAGAUGCGUUUAAGGAAGAUUUUUCCCCUAAUGUUGUUACUAGACAUUGUGAAAAAGAAGAGACAACAAAGGAGAAUCGAAAAAUCUCAGUGACUGACACCCCAGGAAUCUCUAAUACAUCGAUCAGUAAUAAAGAACUGACGUCUGAAAUACGGAAGUGUAUAGAGAUGUCUACUCCUGGUCCUCACGUGUUCCUGCUCGUCAUCAAAGUGGGGAGAUUCACAGAAGAGGAACAGAAGACAGUGGAGUGGAUUCAGGAGAAUUUUGGUGAAGAUGUGGCACAGUACACCAUCAUUCUGUUCACUCAUGUAGAUUUGCUGAAUCGUAAAACAUUAGAGGAAUUUAUCGAAGAGAGUCCGGAAAUAGAGGCAUUAAUUGAGAAGUGUGGGGGUAGAUAUCAAGCAUUUAACAAUCAAGAUAAAAAUGAUCAAACUCAAGUAACAGAGCUGCUGCAGAAGAUUGAUAAAAUGGUGAACAUUAAUGUAAAAAAGUACUACACUAAUGAGAUUUAUAAACAAGCUCAGAGACGCAUAUUUAUGCAAACAAUAAAAGACAUAGGACUAAAAGCAGCAAUAUAUGGAGGAACCUUGGUACUAUGUGCAAUAGGUGCAGCAUGUGUAGGUAGAGCACGUGCAGAAGCUGAAGUACGUGCAUGUGCAGAAGGUGCAGUACAUGCAGUUGUAGCACAUGCAGAUGCAGCAGCACAAGCAGGUGUAACAGCUGCAGCACAUGCAGCACGUGCAGCACGUGCAGUUGCAGCAGGUGCACCAGCUGCAGCACAUGCAGGUGUAAAUGCAGGUGCAGCACAUGCAGGAGCAGCGGCUGCAUCACGUACAGGUGCAGCGGCUGCAGCCGGAGCAGGUGCAGCGGCUGCAGCCGGAGCAGGUGCCGCGGCUGCAGCCGGAGCAGGUGCCGCGGCUGCAGCCGGAGCAGGUGCCGCGGCUGCAGCCGGGUCAGGUGCGGCGGCUGCAGCCGGGUCAGGUGCGGCGGCUGCAGCCGGAGCAGGUGCGGCGGCUGCAGCCGGAGCAGGUGCGGCGGCUGCAGCCGGGUCAGGUGCCGCGGCUGCAGCCGGGUCAGGUGCCGCAGCUGCAGCCGGGUCAGGUGCAGCAGCUGCAGCCGGAUCAGGUGCAGCAGCUGCUGUAGGAGGCAGGCCAUAA